AUGGCCGACAAUAACCCUGACGGAGGCGUCUCGUUAGACGUCUUUGACAUGGAGGACAAAUUGGCCAAAAUCAGAUCGCAGGUCACUUCUAAGUUGGACAACCAGAGAAACCUCGCCCUUAUUCUUAAUGCUGUGGAAGAGAAUAUCAAUGAGCAGAAUAACGAGAAGACUCCCGUUGCCUAUUUCGUCUCGUUCCUUGCCUUGUUGGAGCAGUCAGUUGGAGACAACGGAGUCAGCGAUGGAAAAGUUGCUGCGGCUGCCGCCUACUUCUUGGACUUGGUUCUUCCAUUCACUCCAGCUCCACUUUUGAAGCAGAAGUUUGGCCAGAUCUUGACCAGACUUGCACCAGUGUUGACCAGUCCAGAUGCAGAAGCUGCUCUUGUGAGAUCUUCAGUGGGAUCCUUGGAAAGCUUGUUGUUGGCUCAAGACAACCAGCAAUGGUCAUCAACUGGAAAUGUGUCUCCCAGAAGAGCUUUGGUAGGUAUGUUGGAGUUGUCGUUUGAUCCUAGACCCAAGGUCAGAAAGAGAGCUCAGGAGGCCGUGCACAAGAUCUUGGCUAACCCUCCUCCUUCGCCUUCGCCUGUGCACAUUGCUGCAGUGUUGUGUGGAGAGUUGUCAUUGAAGAGAUUGGUGAUGUUGAUCGAAAAUGCUCCCAAGAGCAAGAAGCAUUCCAACAACAAGGAGUCUGUUUCCGCCAUCAUACAUGCAUUGCAGUUAAUUUCAGCCAUCACAUCUGCCAACUCAUGGCCUCCUUCUCAAGUUGAGGCCCUUUGUGACGUUUUGCUUGACGUUUCUAGAACUUCCGACCAAUACUUGGUAGGUGCUGCAUUCUCCGCAUUUGACGGCUUGUUUUCUUCCAUGUCGAACGAUAUCGAUGUGGAGAAGUUCACCAGAGUGCUUGACAUUAUUUUCGAGUUAAAGCCUCCUGUGGAUGAUGCCCACUUGGCUGCCUCGUGGCUUGCGGUGGUCGCCAAUGGUAUUCAGUCAUUUGCCAAGUUGCUGCCUAAGACUUGCUUGGCAAAGAUUCAAAGCAUUUUCCCCAUUGUGUCCGAAUUCCUCAUUUCGGAGUCUAAGGACAUCUAUGUCUCUGCAUCUCAAUGUCUCAUUGCCAUCGUUAGCGAAAGUAUCCCUGAUGACUACCUUCUUCAGCCUAGUGCAACCAACGGUGUCACUGCUGAAAUUUAUGAGGAGGUGGACGAGGCAAUCACCUACAUUGCGGAAUUCAUUGAGAAGGAGUUGCUCUCAAUCAAGUUCCAGCAUGCUACAAAGGAGAUCUUGGAGCUUAUUACUGCUUCCGUGCUCAAGUUCAGAAAGAGAUCCAACCCUGACUUCCUUAAUAUCCUUGAGUCGGUGGGUCAAUGGAGAUCGAAUGAAGAGUCCAACUUCCCGUACAACAAGGAAGCCGAGGACAUGAUCGCAGCUUGUAUUUCCACCAUGGGCCCAGAGGCUGUUUUGGGUUCCCUUCCCCUUAACCUAACUGGUUCAAACAAGAACGAGCCAGGAAGAGCAUGGAUGUUACCUAUUUUAAGAGACAAUGUCAGAUUUGCCUCGUUGGGUUACUAUAAGCAGAACAUUCUCCCACUUGUCACGUUCUUUGGAGAGAAAAUUGAAGCUUCUUCUAACAAGGAGUCCAUGCACAUCAAGAUCUUCGAGACCAUUGUUGAUCAGAUCUGGUCGUUGUUUCCUCACUUCGCUGACUUGCCCACGGAUCUCAUUUCUGCAUUUUCCGAUGACUUUGCUGCCAGCUUAGCCGAUCUACUCUACUCGAAGGUGGAAUUGCGUGUAACCAUCUGUCAUGCCUUGAGAUUGAUGGUUGAAUCCAACUUGGCAUACAGCCAGGGAGCCUUGUCGGAUGACCUUAUGAUCCAGGAGGAUUUCCCAUUCUCUGAGUGCGAGAAGAACUUGGCUUACUUAGCCACUAAAUCGUCCAACAUCUUGUCUGUGUUGUUCAAUGUUUUCUCUUCCACCAUGCCAGAAUCUAGAGGUUUUGUUCUCGAAACCAUCGAUACCUACUUGCAAAUUAUUCCUGACGCAGACUUGGAGGUUACCUUCAACAAAGUUUGUGGCUUGUUGAAGAAGGCCAUGGACGACGAAGCUGCUGAGAAUGAGAAACCAAGAAAGGACCAGCCUCCAAAGCUUAGUGUCACUAUGAUGGACCUUGUGGUUGCUAUGGCCAAGUACGUUCCAUCUUCCUCUUACAAUGCUUUGCUUUCUAUCUUUUCAACUACCGUCAAUUUGCAAAACGAUGCUUUGAUGCAGAAGAGAUCAUACAGAAUCAUUAACAAGUUGAACGAGAGUGAGCGUGGCCAGCAAAUUAUUUCGCAGUUCAUCGCCGAGCUCGAGAAAGUGUUUGUUGACACCAUCGGAACCACCCACACCUCUGCCAGAGCAUCGAGAUUGGCUGCGUUGGAGGUGGUGGUUAACAUGUUACCUUCCACUGAUUUGCAUUUUAUCCCAUCCAUCUUGCAAGAAGUCAUCAUGUCCACUAAGGAUGUAAACGAGAGAUCUCGUGAAGCUUCGUACUCCCUCUUGAUCCAGAUCGGACACAAGAUGGCACAAGGUGGUGUCAUCGAAAAUAGCAAGGUUGCAGGCUUUGAUGCCAACGCGGAGGCCACUGAAGCCAGUUUGACUGAGUACUUCACUAUGGUGAGCGCAGGUUUGGCUGCUCAGUCCCAGCACAUGAUUUCUGCUACUAUUACCGCCAUUUCGUGCUUGGUGUAUGAGUUCAAGGACCAGAUGCCACAAGAGUUGUUGAUUGAGAUUGCUUCGACUGUGGAGUUGUUCUUGACGCAUAACUCUAGAGAAAUCGCAAAGUCUGCCAUUGGAUUCGUCAAGGUCGAAGUUUUGUCUUUACCAGAAGAUCUUGUGCGUGCCAACUUGAAGGAGCUUCUUACCAAGUUGAUGAAGUGGUCUCACGAACAUAAGGGCCACUUCAAGUCAAAGGUGAAGCACAUCGUGGAGAGAUUGAUUCGUAAAUUCGGCAUUGAAGCCGUUGAGGAGGCCAUUCCUGAGGAGGACAAGAAGCUUGUUGCCAAUAUCAAGAAGACCAGAGCCAGAGCUAAGAAGAAGGAGGCUGCAGCCGAAGAGUCAGAUAACAAACAGGGCAAGAAGUUUAUGUCUGCUUACGAGGAGGCCGUUUACGACUCGGAGUCGGAUGACUCUGGCGACGAGCAGGAAGACCAGAACAAGAAGUCCAGAAGAGGAAAGGGUGCUGACAGAUAUAUCUUGGACACUGGAGACGAACCAUUGAACUUGUUGGACCGUCAGACCUUGACACACAUUUCUUCGUCCAAGCCUAAGAAGUUCACCAAGAGCGACAUGAAAGAGGCCAAGAUGAAGAUGAAGGAUGGUAAGAUUGUUGUGAGAGAAGACGAUGACGAGGACCUUUUGAGCAAGGGCUCAGGUAUUGACGCCUACUUGGAUGCUGUGAAGCAAGCACCAGUGAGAGGACAGAAGAACAAGUUGAAGUUCAAGAAGACGAAGGAUGAAGAAGACUGGUCAGACUCGGAAGACGAGAAGCCUCGUAAAUUGAAGAGUAAGGCUGACAAGAGAUCGAGAGUGACGAAGCCCAAGCAAAAGUUUAAGGCCAGAAAGAAGCUUUAA